CCAACUGUAUUUGUACCGUGAAUCGUCAAGAGAGAGUCAAAAAGACAAAAUUCUCUCUCCUACAAUCUCCAUUUCCACUUCCUCCUCUCUCGUCUCACACUUUUUCUUCUGCUACUGCUACUGUAACUGCAUUUUUGCUAUUUCCUACCUCUCAAUGUUUACCCUCUUCCUUCUUCGCUGAUUCUAACAUUUCGUCGCUUUUCUCUCUUUCUCUCUCUCUCUCUCUACUUUCUCUCUCUACUUCUGCUACUGCAUUUUUUCUCUCUCUCUACUCAAUUUCUUCUCUACGAUCACCUCCAUUUCUCGCCAAUUUCGUCGUUUUUUUCGCAUUUCUAGGGUUUACUAAGCGUCGGAGUUUUUUACUGGUUCUGAAAUGAUGGAAUUGAAGGCCAAUUUUUCCGCCAAGAAAGAUGCUUCAUCAUGUCACAUUAAAUUGAAGAAAGAUGGCAAAUUUAUUUGUUAUGCAAAAUGCACCAAUUCUCUCAUUCAACAGUCUUCCUCUUGGAAUGUGGAUAUAGUUAAGAAGAAAACAGUUGAAGGUCUUCUUGAUUUGCCAACGUUUUCACUUUUUCCGUCAUUUAUGCCAGUGCCUGAGAAAAAUGUGACAGAUCAGAAAUCUGAAUGGAAUAGAUUUCUUACCUUCCUUUACGACAACGAUAAAGUAGCUACUGUAAAACUUGAGAAUCUGAAGAUUCAUGUAUUUCCUUCUGCACGCGAGCCUAAUGAAACAGAUGAUGGCCUGUAUUUCUCCCAAGCUGUGGUGGCUUAUGAUUUGCUGGAACUAUGUGACACCUCUGUGGAUCAAGGGCAUGCAACAUCAGUUAUGUGUGGAGCUACAACAAAGGCAGUGAGCUCAUUACCGAGUACUAAUCCAUUAUCGCUUUCCAAUUCUCCACAUCCCUCCAUGAAACACGUUGCGUUUGAGUCAGGUGCUUAUGUGAAGGGAAGUAGUUCAGCUGAAAAGGCUACCUGUUCCUCUAUUUCCAAGUGUCAUGAGCAUAAUAGUCUUCAGCUCUGUUCCACAAAGGAAGAUGUUGCCGCAGAAAGAAAUUUUGUUACAAACCCAAGUUAUUUGAAAACUCUUGGUCAUGCUCAUUCUGGUUGGAUCUUUGGUGCAAUUGCAGAGCUUGUUGAUAAUUCAAGGGAUGCAAGGGCAUCAAGGCUAGAGAUUGCUGUUGAGACUAUAUUUGAUAAGACUGCGGGAUCUGAGAUUCCUAUGCUAUCUGUAAUUGAUGAUGGUGUUGGAAUGAACCACCAAGAGAUAUUGAGUAUGAUUUCAUUUGGGCACAAAGUACCUGAUGAAGAUAAUCAAGAUUGUAUUGGAAGAUUUGGUGUUGGUUUCAAGACAGGAUCAAUGAGACUAGGCAGAGAUGCUCUAGUCCUAACACAGACAACGCAUUCUCGUUCUGUUGCGUUUCUUUCACAAUCAUUAAAUGAAGGAAAGGACAAUGUGGAGAUACCUGUUGUCAGCUACCGUCGACAAGCUCAGUGCAUGGACAUUGAUACAAGUGUACAUUCUGAAGCAUUAGCAAAGAACAACCUGAAUGCGAUAAAGCAGUUCUCACCAUUCAAUGAGUAUCUAAUUGGUGAAAAGGCUGGCCUGUUUAGAGGAAAUACAGGAACGCAGAUCUAUAUAUGGAAUUUGGAUAAAUGGGGCGCAGAGUACACUUUGGAAUGGCAAGCAGGCUUGUGCGGUGGGAGUACCUUUCACCAGGGUGACAUUUAUAUUCGUUCUAGACGUGUCAGAAAACGUCCUGGACAGACAAGUCGAAAGGUUUCCUUAGAUUAUUCACUUCGUUCAUAUUUGGAAGUCAUAUUUUUAGAGCCUAGGAUGAAGAUAUAUGUUCAAGGCUCACUGGUUAGAAGUCGGCCCUUGGCCAAAUCUCUAAAUAAUACUGCUCACCAUAAUGGCGACAUAAUGGGCAAACAAGUCCGGCUUACUCUUGGUCGCUGUCAGAUAGAGUGGGAUGAGGCUAACUGUGGAAUAUUCUUAUACUGGCAUGGCCGUCUAAUUGAGGCAUACAAAAGAGUAGGAGGCAUGGUUCACAGUGCUGAUAUGGGUCGAGGUGUAAUUGGUGUCAUAGACGUUACUGAACUAAUGGAUGAUGGGAAUGGUGGUGUUUGGGUUCAUAACAACAAGCAAGGAUUUCAAGAUUGUGAGCCAUAUGCUUUGCUUGAAGAAUGGUUGGGAAAGCAGGCAGAUGAAUACUGGGAUAAGUUUUUUGAUCCAGUACAGUUGAAAAAAGGUCAUGCUCGAUACAAGCCUGAUAAUAAUUGGGUGCAGUGUGACAAGUGCAGGAAGUGGAGAUUAUUGGACGCUGAUUUUGACAGCAUGAAUCUACCUAAAGACUGGUUCUGUUACAUGGAACCUUUCAAUGGAAAAUGUGAAAUGCCUGAAGAGAAGCCUGGCCGUGGGGUAAUCACAGUGGGGCUGAAGAGGUCAUCUGGUCAUGAUCCUAGCAAAACUGCUGACUGUCAAGGCUUACAGAUUGAUAGUGCUAGUCCUACAGCAGAAGCAGUGGGUGAAGACAAGUCAACCCAAUCAGCAGAAGGUGAUGAAAAAACACCUGUUAAAAAGGCCAGAAGAGGAAAGGGUCAAGACAAAUCAACUCCACCAGCAGAGGAUGAUGAAGAGAUUCCUGUCAUUAAAAGACGUAGGAGAAGUGUGCAAAAUGCUAGGAAGUACAUACAGGAAUAGUGAGUUUUAGCACAUUUUGAAGUAUUGAUACAGAAGAUUCGCUAACACAUACUUUUUGGGUUUACUCGUGUAUAUAUGACUAGGGUGAUCUUCUGCUAGAUAGUAGUCGCCAUUUUGUCUUGAUAUUUUUCAUUUUGGCUUGUGUAUACCGCAUGGUAGAUGAAAUUAUUUUGUAUAGGAAGGCCGUUCACAAUUUCUCAUGCACAAAUCAGGUGAAGAAUGUAAAGCUCAUUGCUGUUACUGAAUUUUGUUUAGGUAGAAUUUUUUGGCAA